AUGGCUAUGGCCAGUGAAAGCAGCACUGCGGUGAACACUGUGAAUACCAUAAGUACCAUGAACACCUUGAAUACGAUGGCCACGGGUACGGCUACCGCUCCCAUCAGCACCUCCAAAAAUGUACCCAACACUCAGGCCGCUAUUGCCGCCUCAUUUACGAAUUUCCUCGGUGUUGCCAUGCACCAGAUAUUAUUCCUUCGAUCGGUCUAUCCGCGAGCAACGUUUCUCCCAGUCCGAGCAUACAAUUACCCAGUUCGGCAAUCGCGUCAUCCGAAAGUAUGCGACUACAUUAGCGAUGUCGCUCUCGCUGUUGAAAGUGAAAUUCUCAAAGGGACGAUUACCGCUGUGACACCAAUGGAACGGUAUGCAUUCGACCUAUCCGGCUUCCCACACGUGCCCGUGGGGGAGAUCUACACCACGUUUGAGGAACGCAAUAAAGAAGAGGCCACAAGGCCACCGUCGACGGCACAGACGAUAGAUCUCGAGGCACAAUUCCGUGCUUGUUUGGCUAGAUUAGCAUCUGCCUGCGCGCGAUUAACGCCCUUGCCGCGUGACGACGAGUUUGGAUUUACCGUGUGUAUUGAAGUGCGGGAAGACGCUCUCCCACCGGCCGGUACCACGAAAGAGGAGCAGACUUGGAUUGUCGCUGAACCCGGUCAGGUCCACGUCCGAUCAUGCACCGCUCCAUUUUCUGUCAGCAAACUGGGCAGCCAUUCUCAACAACCAGCAAUACCCAAAAUCAACGGACGAGCCAAGACCGUGCCUGUACGACGAGUCGAGGCUGGCGAACUUCGUUUGGAAUUAUGGGUCGAAGAAGCCAGGCAAAAAUUUGACGAACGGCUUCUUUAG